UCCUGCAUUGUCUUGGCUGUGUGCUUAGGGUCGUUGUCCUGUUGGAGGAUGAACCUUCGCCCCAGUCUGAGGUCCUGAGGAUCUUCCUGAGCUAUUCAAGAUACAACAUUUGGCGACGAGGAAAAAUCAGAAGAAGUUUUCGGUGAGACUACAGAGUUUUAUGAGUUAUGAAUGGUGAAACUACCGUGAGUGAAUAUUAGCAUGCUAGUUAGCUAGGAAAGGCUAAGCUAAGUAAGUGAGAGCUAUCGACGUGGGGAAGCUAGCAAAUACUUCACCCUCUCUUUGGCAGCAGUGACCAGAUGACAGACAGGAUGGCAGGCACAGGUAGGAUCGGUGGCACCAUCUGAAAACAAGACACAGUUGUGGGAAGAAUAUAGCGAAAUUUUCAACCAUUUUUUUGUUGCAAAUGAGAUCGCCGAUGCGACACAGAAAAGGGCCAUUCUACUGAGCUGUGUGGGUGUGCAAACCUCCAUCUUGAUGAGGAAUUUACUGAGCCAGGCAAAGCCAGGAGAUAAAUUAUUUGAGGACUUGGUGAGUCUACUGAAAACACAUUUCAAUCCUAAACCAAGUGAAAUAGUACAAAGGUGAAAAUUAAACUCAAGACAUAGGAAACCAGAGGACUGUAACUAUGGAGACACCCUCACAGUGAUGCUACGUGACAGAUUAGUAUGUGGGGUAGAUGAUAAGAUACAGCGGAGCCUUUUAUCUGAGGAGUUUUUGACAUUUGAAACAGCGCUAAGUAAAGCGCAGGCCAUUGAAGCAGCCAAAAAGAACAUGAAGGAUUUGAACUGCCUGAGCAACCUCUACAGGAACUGUUAAAGAAACAUGAGGAAGUGUUCAAGGAUGAGUUGGGCACGUUGAAAGGAUUCACAGCAAAGAUACAUGUAUCAAGUGAUGCCACACCCCGUUUCUUCAAACCAAGAUUGUUUCAGAUGUGAAGAAUAUAAUGAUGGAGGCCAAAGAUGCUGUAGUCAUUGCUGUCUACGGAGCAAAGAACUGCAUGUAUUACACCCUGACUGGCAUGGUUGCGAUGACAAAAGGAGCAAGUGGUGGGAGAGCCAACAUUGUGUCCCUGGAACCUGCUGUCCAGCUGGUUAGUAUGGGACUGAAAAAUGCACUGAGCCUGUCAGUUAUACUUUGAACCAUCUCCUUUUCUCAUGUAAAUUUGAAAUGAAAUGUAUUGUAAAAUUAUAUACAUUUAAAUCACCUAAUCUAAUAGGGCCAAAUAUGAUGCCUGGGAAUCUUAACUCGAGUCAGGUUGGUUAAAUUUACAUUCUUGUCCCCAGCCACUAGGCCUAGACAGCACAUGUUCCCUAUGCUUUGUAUUCCUACUACUCAACCAUGUUCUAGCUAUAUUAAUUGCUUGCUUAAUGUUAGUGAGAGCACUGACGAUUUAAAGUAGCCAUACCCAGUGAAAGUGUUUUUUGCAUUGGUCAUAGGUAUUUUUAUUAGUCAUGACUUGUGGUUACAAUUUUUGGUUUGUUCCUUGACAGAAUGUGGUCUUUCGUUUGGCUAACCUCCCCAUAGUUAGUUCAGCGUGUGCACUCGUAUCUGUCUUGUAUUGUGACACCAAGCACAACCACCCCUACAUCCGAUCGUUGUGUAAAGUGGUGGAGAUUAGUGUGACGACCUUAUCCUCCGUAGCCUGUAACAGUGCCACCCCCAUCAUCAUUAAGCUGGAGCCCCAAAGUAAGUACUUUGAUGCUCUGUCACCUUUCAAGUUUUUCCACUUAUGGAAUCACUUUGGGCCAAACCAGGGCUUGAACUGUGACAAUUCUCUCACCAAAUCCAACCCCUAUGCUGUGCUCCCACAGUUUCUGUUGUGAAUGAUCUUGCAUGCAAAGGCCUGGAUAAGCUUGAGAGUACUUUGCCAGUGCUUCAACAGCCUUCACAGCAGGUGAAUUCAAUCUUCAAAUAUGUCCCAAUCCUCUAUUGGCUGUCCUUUGUGACAAAUAUAUUUUUAUAUUAUUGUAAGAACUAUUUCUGUUUAUCAUUAUCACCCAGAUUGUUUCAGAUGUGAAGAAUAUAAUGAUGGAGGCCAAAGAUGCUGUAGUCAUUGCUGUCUACGGAGCAAAGAACUGCAUGUAUUACACCCUGACUGGCAUGGUUGCGAUGACAAAAGGAGCAAGUGGUGGGAGAGCCAACAUUGUGUCCCUGGAACCUGCUGUCCAGCUGGUUAGUAUGGGACUGAAAAAUGCACUGAGCCUGUCAGAAACCCUGGUGGACCAAGCCCUUCCUCCGACCGAUGAAGAGAUGGAAGACGAGGUCAAGACUGUGAAGGGCUUUGACGUUGUUGCCGCCGCCAGGCCCAGCUCUCCUGUCCGACUGGUUUCCCUCACGGUCAAGCUGUGUAGACGAGCAUACCACCAGGCAGAGGAGAAGAUGCGCUUUGUCAAAGUCUGCUGUCAGAAAUCCCUCAACUUGCUUCAGCACACCAUGCACUUGGACAAUCUUGGCGCCUUGGUGGAAUGGACUAGUAACGUUCAAGAGAAGGAAGACAAGGAGACCGAGCGGGUGGUUAUCCACUGCCUGAAUGUCUCUCCCAGUGUGAGUCACCAGCUGCAGAGAAACUGUCUGACCCUGGCCUGCAGCCUACAAAAUCUCCCCCACUACCUCCAGCAGCAGGCUGUGUGUGUGCUGCUUUCUGCCUCACAGAUCUUAAACAACUUUAGUUCCACUGACCCCCACCUGGGCAUCAGACCUCAGGGCAAAGUGAGUGGUUCUCUGGAUGCCAUCCUGGACUACCUGGUCCACAACAUGUCCCUCAAUUGUCUGGUGGGGCCCUGGUGUCCUCAGAUGCCCCCCAUUACUCCAAGGGCCCAGACCAAUGGUCAGAGGAAGAGGCCUGCCAAGAAAACAGGUGUUUUUGACCUUGGGUGUACUGUCACACCCUAUGAACAAUAUUGAUGUGGUUUGUGUUGGGAGUCGGUCAUCUCAGAUAUGCGUAGGCUUCUGAAAUGCAGUGGUCGGUUUUUAUUAAUAUUGGCCUAACACAGCAUGUCAAUGCAUUUGACUUGUGGGCAUAUAAUGUUUAAUGGACUUGGGUCAAUAGACUGUUUGGGGUUUCUGUCACUGCCAUACUGCAAAUCGAUGUGUGAAUGGCCCUAGAAUUUUGUAUGCUUCAUGCUGUGGAAAGAAUCUGUUAAACCACAAUAAAUUACAAUGCAAGUUA